GAAAGUGGAGAGGCAGGCAGGCAGACUUGUUGCAACAGAUGGCUUUACCAGCGGCGGCUCGGCGGCGGCUGCACCGAGGAGGAACUCUGGGACGCCGUUGAAGACGGAAGGUGGAGAAAAAAAGGGGGGGGGGUGGCAGAAAGUCACACAGUUCUUCCUCCCUCUUCAUCCACAAACUCUUCCUCUCCGGACAGCCAGGAAGACAUGUCAGUGUGAGUUUUGUAGCAGCAGUUUUAUGGAGGAGAGGACUGUGUGAUCCUUCAUCCUCCUCUUCCUCCUCCUCCUCUUCCUCCUCUUGCUCCGGGGGUCAGAGAGGAGAACACCUGCUGACAGCGAGGAGCUCCUGAAGGAGGAGACGCAGCAGCAGCAGCAGCAGCAGCAGCAGGAGGUCUGAACGCAGCCGGAGACUCUCUGCAGGUUCCUGCUGAGCUGAUCACACACACUGUCUGCACAAGAAGUUGAGGCUCCGCCGGGGGGAAGCAGCUGAUUGGUUGACCUUUCUUGGGGAGGUCAGGGGUCGAAGGCCAUGGCGGGCCGACUCCUCCUCUUCCUGUUCAUCUCGGUGACGCUCUGCCACGCCCACUUCCCAUCUGGCCAGCGUCUGAAGCCCCGCCUCCAGAGAGACCGCCGCAACAUCCGGCCGAACAUCAUCCUCAUCCUGACCGACGACCAGGACCAGGAGCUGGGUUCGAUGCAGGCGAUGAAUAAGACUCGCCGUAUCAUGGAGGAGGGCGGGACUUCCUUCUCCAACGCCUUUGUGACCACGCCCAUGUGCUGUCCGUCACGUUCGAGCAUGCUCACUGGGAAGUACGUCCACAACCACAACACCUACACCAACAAUGAGAACUGUUCCUCGAUGUCAUGGCAACGGCAGCACGAGCCGCGGACCUUCGGGGUCUACCUCAACAACACCGGAUACAGGACAGCCUUUUUCGGGAAGUACCUGAACGAGUACAACGGCUCGUACGUCCCCUCCGGGUGGAGGGAGUGGCUCGGUUUGGUGAAGAACAGCCGCUUCUACAACUACACACUGAGCCGCAACGGAGUCCGAGAGAAACACGGAGCUCAGUACCCACAGGACUAUCUGACCGACCUGAUCACGGCCGAGUCCAUCCGCUACUUCCGCUCCUCGAAGCGAGUUUACCCUCACCGACCGGUGCUGAUGGUCCUGAGCCACGCUGCGCCACACGGGCCUGAAGACUCUGCGCCGCAGUACAGCACGGCGUUUCCUAACGCAUCACAGCACAUCACUCCCAGUUAUAACUACGCUCCCAACCUGGACAAACACUGGAUCAUGCGUUACACCGGCCCCAUGAAGCCGAUCCACAUGGAGUUCACCAACGUGCUGCAGAGGAAACGACUGCAGACGCUGCUGUCUGUGGACGACAGCGUGGAGAAGCUGUACAACAUGCUGGUGGAAACCGGCGAGUUGGAGAACACCUACAUCAUCUACACGUCAGAUCACGGCUACCACAUCGGACAGUUCGGCCUCGUCAAAGGUAAAUCAAUGCCGUACGAGUUUGACAUCAGAGUGCCGUUCUACAUCAGAGGACCCAACGUGGAGCAAGGCAGCAUAAACCCUCACAUGGUUCUGAACAUCGAUCUGGCUCCGACCAUCCUGGACAUCGCCGGCCUCGACACUCCUCCAGACAUGGACGGGAAGUCGAUACUGUCUCUGCUGGACACUGACAAACCUGCCAACAGAUUCCAGGUGAACAAGAAGCCGAAGGUGUGGAGAGACUCCUUCCUGGUGGAGAGAGGGAAGUUGCUGCACCAGCGCGUCGAGGGAAAGGAAGUUUCGCAGGAGGAGAACUUCCUGCCCAAAUACCAACGAGUAAAAGACCUCUGUCAGAGAGCCGAGUACCAGACGCCCUGUCAGCAGACCGGACAGAAGUGGCAGUGUGUGGAGGACGCCACGGGGAAACUUCGGCUCUUCAAGUGUAAGAGCGAAGGGGGAGGAGCCAAGAACUUCCAGAGGGGCGUGGCCAGUCGUCAGCGUCCGCUCAGCAUCAAGUCUCAGCUGUACCAUCAGAACUCCGAUGCCUGCAACUGCGACCUCCGCGACCUCCGACCUCUGAACCUGCGGCCCUCCGUGAUGAGGCCGUUCAACAAGAAACCGUUCUUCUCCAAGAAGAAGUUCAAGGCCCUGAAGAGUUACUCAAGGAACCGCUACAGCCGCUCCAUAUCCAUGACCAACAGUUACCCUGGUAACGACAGCGUGGUGGGCGGCGCCGACUGGGCUCAGCUGAUACGAGACGAGACUGAGGACGAGUUUAGCGGGAUGGGAGGAGUUCCCAUCGGCAGGGUGGCGUCCAACUCCCUCAAAGUCACACACAGAUGUUCCAUUCUGCCCAACGCCACAGUGAAGUGUGAUACAGGAGUUUAUGAGUCUCUGCAGGCCUGGAAGGACCACAAGCUGCAUAUUGACCACGAGAUUGAGACGCUGCAGACAAAGAUAAAGAACCUGAGAGAGGUCAGAGGUCACCUGAAGAAGGCCCGCCCCCUCGAGUGCGACUGUAAUAAAUACCUGUAUAAGUCCAAACUGAAGAAUAAGCUGAGGUACAGAGGAGGUGGUCUGCACCCCUUCAGGAAGGGCGGGGCUCGGGACAAGAAGGCGUGGCUUUUGAAGGAGCAGAAGAGGAGGAAGAAAAUGAGGAAGAUGAUAAAGAGGAUCAGAAACAAUGACACGUGUUCGAUGCCCGGACUCACCUGCUUUACUCAUGACAACCAGCACUGGCACACUGCCCCCUACUGGACACUGGGUUCGUUCUGCGCGUGCACCAGCGCCAACAACAACACAUACUGGUGUCUGCGGACGAUCAACGAAACCCACAACUUCCUGUUCUGUGAGUUUGCAACCGGCUUUCUGGAAUACUUUGACCUCAACACGGACCCAUACCAGUUGAUAAACGGCGUCAGCUCUUUAGAUCGGACGGUUCUCAAUCAGCUUCACGUUCAGCUGAUGGAGCUGAGAGGCUGCAAGGGACACAAGCAGUGUAAUCCUCGCAUACGUUCAGUGGAUCAGGCAGGAGGGCGGGAAGAUGGCAGCUUUGACAACUACAGGCUGUUUGAGAGGAGGAAGUGGCCGAGAGUCAAGAAACCUUCAUCGUCUCGAACCCUAGGUCCGAUCUGGGACGGCUGGAAGGGCUGAGCCUCCUGAUUGGUUGGAGCAGGCUCCUGACCCCACCCACAGCAGCCUGAAGGAGCAGGGCGUGGUCGUCGAGGCGGCGGCGCCACCGGUCGACGACCACGCCCCCGUCUCACCGGUCAGCCAAUCAGCUUCUGCCAUCUCUGUGACAUCCUUAGGCCCUCCCACCCUGCUGCUCAGGGAGACGCUGGGACGAAACACUCAACGCACCUCUUCAUCAGCUGCUCCUCCCUCCUCCUCCUCCGGGUGGAGCAGCCAGGAGGAGGAGGAGGAGGAGGAGGAUGAUGAAGCAGAGGAUGAGACAGAGAGGUAGAGAGGGGGUUUUUUUGCCCCGAGUUUCGCCUUCCAGGUGAUGUUUCAGCCCUCGACUAAAUCUGAGUGAUGCCAAAACUUUACGACAACCACGCGGUCGAAGCUGAUCUUCUUAAAACGAGUGAAAACGCUCUUUUCAGAUGUUUUAUUCUUUAUCGUUUCAAGAUACACACAAGUUGAUUUCUACUGGAUAACACAGUCACCUGCUCGCUCAUCAUGUUAAAUAUCCAUCAUAUAAUCGACAUUUAAAGUCACCCUCCGCUCAGAAAUCUGUUUCUCUUCCUGUUCCUGGAGACUACGAGCUGUUCAUUCAAGCUUUUUCCUGCUCUCAGUUUUUUAUUUAAAAAAACAAACAGAUAAUCUGUUGUUCUUCGGCCACUGAGGUUUAACUUUCACCUUAGCUCAGCGAACAUUACAACACAAGUACCACACAGAAACUUUUUCGAACAGCGUGAAUGUGCUUCUAGUGACUGUAAAAGCUCCAGUGGACUCAGACAGCAGCUGCUCAUGUCUGGUUAGCAUGGUUAGCUCGGUUAGCUCGGACUACGACUUUUCAGUUUAUUUUCCUUUACGAUCAGAGUCCAUAUUCUGAUCAAAACUUGAACAAAGAUCAGAGUUUAUAAAAUAAAAACGUCCUCCUCUCUCCUGCGUCCUCCUCCUCCUCCUCCUCCUCCUCCUCUUCAGGCGACAUCCUGGCGGCCAUGUUUGUUUUACAUGUUCAUAUUUAGUCUUUCUAACCGUCUGUAAAGACAUUAAAGGACCUGUUCUCCCUGUUGUUGUUGUCGUUGUUACUAAACUCAGACUGAGGCGGAAGCGGACAAACUUCCAUGUCGAACACUGUGACAUCACUGCUGAUGUAAAUGUGAUGUCAUUUAUUCUUUUUAUUUUUUGUUUCUCCCACUAACUUGAGUGUCGGUUACCGUGGUGACCGACGGCUUUACUGACGACAGAGCUACAAGUUGUACUAACCUGGUGACUGACUACAGUACCCACGAUGCAACGCGGCAGCCCUGAGGAGACUGACAACGAGAACACUUUAAAAAAAAAAAAAAAAAAAAAAAGACUGUGUGAAAUCUCUGGAUGUCUCGUGAGCCAAUGAAAAGAGGACUACGUGGUGAUGUCACUGAGUCCAGAACUGCUCUGUGGAGGAAAAUGGCCGCAGAGUUCUGGUUUUGUGUUAUUGUUUUUACUCGUGUAAACCGUCGAACAUCACCGUCCAGUCACCUUCUUCCUGCACGUAUUGUUUCCUCCUCUCGGCUGAUUUCUGUUUCUUCUCAGCUGUUAUUUGGCGUCCAUUUUGUCCCUCACACAGAUCCAACCGCUGGUCAGAAAUGUCCAGAGCUCUAAAUUAUGUAAAAAUAAUUAAAACUUAAAAAAUGUAAAAUAUAACUGUAGAAAAACACGACUGGAUUCACACAAGAAGUGAAAGUAAGAUUUUAAACUUUUCACACAUCUGGUGAUUUUUGCUUUCUUGGAUCCAAAUUUCCCGAAAUGUGAUUUGAUCUUGUUUCUGAUUUAAACUUUAUUAUUAAAACAUCAGAUGUGUGUCAGUGUUAAAAUCUCCUCUCAGAUUCUCUUACACUGUUUAACAAACAUCCAACUGCAUUUAGUGCUGAAGAGUUUGUUCUCAUUUCACUGUCUUGCCUCCUGCUGCUCCGGUUUGUGGUUUCCUACAUAUCCCAGAAUGCCUUUCAGCACCAUCACUUUGAUAAAUCAUAGCCUCAGAUUACUGAUUCAUGUAAUCUGUUGACCCUUUCUAAGCCCCGCCCCUUUUUGCUCUGUGCUCCAAUAACAGUUGAGCAAGCCUCGGUCAGAACCUUAUGCUAUGCUAGGCUAAUCGAUGUUGAAAGACAAUCGCAUUUUGAAGAUUGUUGAAAGAUAAAAGACUUUUAUAUGGUCACAUCUUAAUUAAGCUAAUGUUAGCCAACGCUUGAUAACUAGCUAGCACUUUACGUCUGACUGCUAAUGCUAACAAAACACUAGCUAACUAGUUAGCUAAUAUGAAUUGUUAUCAAGUUAGUCAGUAUUAGCGAAUGAAUGCUAACUAACUAACUAAUCUAUAUGAAUCCUUAGCUAGCUAAUUAGCUGUUACACUGAUAUUUGGCUAGUGUGUAGCUACAGAACAAAACCCGACAACAAAGGACAAAGAAACUUUUCUGUGAUUUCCAAGACAUUUUAAUGAAUAUGUAUGUUUGAUAAGGUUUAUAUGUAUCUAUUUGAAAUGUCAAUUAAAUCAGAUCAAAUCAAAUAUUACUGAUUGCUAAUGGUAGCAAAACGCUAGACGAUUGAGGGGUUAGCUAGCAUUUUGCUGAUAUUAGAUAAGACGUGACUAUAUAAAUUCUCCUUUAUCGUUAAAAUGCGGUUGUCUUUUCAGCACAGAUUAGCGUAGCAUAUAGCACAUUCAGUACAGGAAAGGAGGAAGGCUUGUUCAACCUCUAUUGGAGCUUAGAAAGCAUCAAUAUGCAUUUAAAUAUUUAAAUUUGGUCAUUUAUUCUCUCAGAUCUUGCCCUUGAAUUACUAAAAUCCACAUUAUUAUGUUGGAGUUACUUCAUGUUCUACUACUAAAUACAUAAUUGUGUGACCAACGAUGGAUGUAAAGUGUUUUAUUCCGACAGUGUGAAAGUAUUUCAGGGUGAUUUCCUCCUUCCUGUGUGAGCAACCAGUCUGCUGUCUGUAGAGUUGGUUUUUUUUUAACCCCGAACGUAUUUUGCUCUGCGGUGCUAUUUGCUGUCUAACAACUAUCUAGGAAAAACCUCCUGGUUGUGUUUGAAUGUAUUUGUAAAUGUGUAGCUGUGUUUUUUCUAAAGACGCGCACUAGAAUCGGACCGUUCGGGACCAGCUGGUUCUGAACUGGAUGGACUCACACACACACACACACACACACACACACACACACACACAAGCACACACACUGAAGGACAAACUGCCGAGCACUUUGAUUGGAGGACGGAGGGACGAACGGACCAACGGAGGGUUCAUGUUGAGACAGGAAACGACGACACGUGAUGUAAAGUUGAUACUGAUCUAACACACCUGUACAGUCACCCACUGACCUGUGGAUACAGUGAUUGGUUUUAGUUUGUGAAUAAAUUGUCGAAUGCCAAAA